UCUUGAUUUUGAUCCUAACAAAAAUGGAACUCGAUCAUAGCCGUGAUUUUUGUGACUAUGUGGAUGUUGAGGUAUACACUUUCACGCAUUGUUCUUAAGCCAAGAUGAGCAGAAAAAUGAGAGGACGGUGAGGCAACAUUACCCUCUUCUCGGGAGUGUAGCUUUCUGUGGAGGCGGGCGACGCAUUCCGUCGUCUUGCGGUUAGGUUGUACAGACGACUGCAUCUGGCAGACCCUGAAAAGGUCCGCGACGUCGUGUUCAACAAUACUAGUACAACCUCUUCUUCAUCCAUUGGCAGAUCCUGGGUUGCUGCAAGAUCUGACAAUGGAUUCAGCCGUCGAGAUGAAAACGGAGUGCGGGACUGUCGUACAGCAGGGCCCACCUGCGAUGUUACAUAUGAUCACGGGUAACAGCGAAGCUACCAGCUCGAGCAAUACGCAAUGGGAUCUCUUCCGUCCUAGGCAAGGCGCAGGAGCAGUCGUUAUGUUUCUCAGUUUUUAUUUGGAACUAAAAAUAACUUUAGUCAUCAAGAAUAUCGUGGAUGCCGAAUGAGUUGCUUCUGUUUUAUUUUCUAUAAUUAAAGUAAGUGAUCAUAGUCGCUUUGUCAUCUGGCAGAACAACCGGAGACUUCUUUCUACUCGAUGACCCAAAUUCCCCUCUCUAACCAAUUAUACUCUUGCAAGCCCCUGGCGCGCAUAUUAACCGGCAAGAAAGGCCCAAUAAGGAAGAAAGGACGAGCAAGCGGGCGACCAGGCUCAGGCAGUGUUUGUCGCGCUUCACGGCGACGAGCAGUUGGGUCUGCUAUCUUGUGCCUCGGUGCUGUGCGCGCGCUGCAUCGCGAUAGCAAGGACCAGGAGCGCGCAAUAACUUCGACACAGGUUCCUGGGUCACCAGCAGUGCAAGGGCAUUUCGGCCCUGGAGCAGAAAUGACUCCAGAGACCACGCAAUCAGCCGCGCUUGGCGAGCAUGGUGAAGACCAUGGCAGCAAGAGCAACGCGGGUACAACUUAGUGUCUUGAAGCAUUUAACUUCUUCAUGUGGGUUGAAAAUCAUGGUAAAGAUAUUGAUGCUACACUGAGUAUAACUACAACUACCUUCCAUUUUCAAACCAUAUAAACCACGAAGACAACCAAAACUUUUCUUCUCAGAAACAAAGAAUAUCUGGUGCUCACAGGUAAACACAAAGACGUGGGUGUGGCUAGUCAAAUUAUCGCGGAUGCUGAGCACCAAGGUCGUGCAUCAGGAUCAGAAGUACCUCUCGACCAUGCUGACACGCGGGACGACCAUCGAACCGCCAAGCAUGAAGAAGUAGAGCUUGGUAGUGCCGGAAAGGACGAUGAAGGCGAAGUCAGCACAGGUGUGCUUUUCGAAAAUUAUGACUUUACGAACAUCCUUUUCCGAGAACAGAACAACUACAUUUUUAUUGAGACCUAACAUACAUUAUCUUCAAAUAAGUGGCCAAGUCCUUGCUCUUUCAUAUCCUAAGUAAUACCCCAGCCCCUUACUCCCCACAGGCGGCAAAAAAACCAAGAUUGGAAAAUAUGAAAUCGGGCAAAGGCCCCUACAUCAAAUUGCGGCGCCGUUAUUUGAGUCGGUGGCACUAGGUACUUAUGUCAAUUCUUCUGCUACAAAUCAACUGGUCUACAGACAGUGACAGUCUGUAAUGCUCGUGCGCAAAUUAUCUCUAAUAUGGUAGCUUCGAUGGUGGCACCAGUAGCGUGGGCACCUCCUUGCUCUUGUCUAUGAGAAGAUCGCUAUGUCAAUGAUUCAAUAUUCUUACUUUUUCUCUUUUGCUAUUGAAAAUCAGUGUAAAUCUUAUAAAUAUCAAUCUAAAUCUAAAUAUAGUGCUGAGUCGAUGGCAACAUGCUCACCCACGACCCAUUUUGGACACAAAAAAAACAGAUACGCAUGGCGAGUGGCAGGCGAGACACGAAAGUCACAACACAACAAUAGAGGACGCCGCUAGAUACCAGAGUGAGGAAUAUCUCCAGCAGGAAGAACCAAUUAGCUCAAGACAGGGAUCCCAAGAAAAACAUCGCGAAUCAGAUGAGCUUCGGCAAUCCGUCAAAGAGCGCCAAACCAGCGGAGGUAGCAACCCAUUACUUUGCACCAGUUGGCUUCCCUGUGGUCUCAGUUUUCCGCUGUCGUUCAAAAUCAAGUAGACUUUUUUAUCUCAAUUGUUUGUUGGGUGCUUACUACUUGUUUCUUAGUCUUACUGUGAAGUAAACUUUUCUUAUAGAGCGUGCGAUAUUAGGGUGGGGACCACGAGCACUUAUUUACCCACACAUUAUUAAUCAGGUGCGCUGCGACCUUCGAAGAGUGUUAUUUAUAGUAGUGAAGCCUCUGGUUCCGGAACGGGUCGUGGGCUUGAUUAUGCUGCAGACCUCGAUAUCACCGUCGAAAGUGAUUUGGACUUGAUUCUGCUGCACACUUCGGCAGCAAGUGGCUGGACAAUAGCUGGACAGCUUGGCUCCAUCUGGCGCAGAAUAGUGAGCUUUUUUUCUAGCGUGUCCGCCCCGCCAGAGGCUGACGAUCUUGGGUCGUCCGGAGAUGAUUUAUGAUGAGCUGAAGUUGUUGGAUUGUCAUGGUCAUGAUAGUGUAAAUCGAUAAUUGAUGAAUCACUGUUAUGCAAGGACAGCGUAGGCGUUCGUCAUAACUGACUGGGGUGAUAGCAAGUGCUGGCGUCGGUAUUUUCGUCUAUCGUUAUCUUGCUUCUGUAUCGAGGGGGCCGCGCAUUCUACACGCGGCGCACGUGAUGGCCACGCGUGCAUAUCGCUUUCGCUUUUGCACUAUCUCUUUCUCAUUUUGUCUUUCCCAGUUUCGACAUCGAUUCCGCGCUUAUCAAAAAUAAACAAACUCUCAAACUUUUCGAGGUCAAAAAGUGAGCAGAGAGACCCUCCAAGAAAAAAAAAAAAGCGUUCCGCGAAAAGAGAAAAAGGGCACCCAGAAAAAGGGACGACUGCCACACCUUCAACCGCGCGAGCUUCACUCUGCCGACGUCUCGGCCUAAGUUUCGCGCCACCUUCUUCAGGCACAAGAAAACGCAACACCGAGUGGAAGUCUACGACGGACAUGCGUCCGGUCCUUCCUCAGGCUCGCCCACCACCGUGGUGACUUUGUCCGCUAUGGAGCUGAUGCUAAGCUCGACUGCAAAGAUAGGGCCCUCUCCCCUGGUGUGUUGGCAGGGAAUCGCAAACUACUGAAGCACCCAGUAAGCGAAGGACUGCCAGAGAUUUGCAACGGCAUCAACUUGCGGCUAUCACAUCGCCACAAGCAUAGCGCUGCGACUCUAUCUGAUAGCCCCGACUAUGAGUGACCUCGAACGCAUCAGCGCUGACGUCGAUUCUCAACAUCUAGGCAAAAUCAGGACUGGCGGGGUUUGCAACCGUUUCCCUCACCGCAUCGACCUCGAGGCGCCUCCUACUAAAAAGAGAAGCGUCGAACUCGAACUACCGCACAACGUAGGCACCAACAGCAACGGCCCCGCGCCAAUCAUCCACUUUCCAGAGCAUCCCCAGGGACGAACUUAGCAACUGGCUACUACGGGACCGAAACAGGAGACGCAGCCUCUUCCCCUCUAGAUUUACCACGGUGCAACGCCUUCAAACGAACAGCGAGCGCUACGCUGCUUCUUUCAUCUUCUUAAACUUUAACGAGCUGCCUCAGCGCUUCCCUUCGCGGACAGCUACACAAUGGCCAGCGCCAUUGUCUGGGUUGGCACCAUCGUCGCGACGAAAGGCGACGGCGCAGAGUUCUCACGCCAUGGCUGUGCACUAGGUAGCCCCACCUAAGGCCGCCGGUUCUUAUUACUUCCGCGCGAAGACUUGUCCGGGGGGCUGCAAUUGCGUGAAGCGCAUCGCCUUGCGCCUCUCACUCUGAUCAAAUCCGUCACAAAAUAAAAGGAAUGGCAGAGAGCAAUGCUCUCGGCUGACUCCCAGCGGAAAUCUGUCAUCGGCGAUUUGUUAUGAAAAACCAAACCCAACUCCGCCGGAAUCUUCAAGAACAAAAUCAGCGACAGCUGCGCUAGUUCUUCUGUGAGUUUUCGUUGGGGCUUGUCUUAGUUCUUUCGACGAAGUCGGGAGGCUUCUGACCAAUAGCGAAGCCGUAGAGCUCGAGCGCCUAUGCCCGAACUGCGUGGUCACGGCCGACGCCAACAGCAAUUCUUGCGCCAGAGUUUGCAGAGGUGAGGCAGCUCACCGCAAGGCUUCGACGACAGGACUCCCGGGGGAUGAAGUGAGAGCAUCGCGAAAGGGAUGCUACUUGUUAUCGAUCAAGUUCCAGAUGAUUAAAACUCGUUCGCUAAUGCCAAACCUCCUGCCGCCUCGUCUAAGGUCUUUGCGUUUCUCGCUUCCUUCCUUCACACUUCGCCAGCCAUGCCCUUUCUCACCAUCCAGGCGGUCACUGGCAUGGCUGAGGCGCAGAAAAAUUGGCGGGGCAUUUCUUUAUCCGGCGAGUUCUCCGCAGCAAAGGCCAAGACUCUCGGCCACGUGUCGAACUGUCUCGAGCAAUUUACGAUCAGCGCCUUUUAUUCGAAACCGAUCCACCAACGGGGCAGCUUUCCGCUCCGUCUGAUCUUCGCCGCAGUUUUCCCGCACUAUGGCGCCGCUAUCGCUACUGUCUUGGCUUACACGCCGUGGGAGGAAAUCGCCGGUGUGUGUCGCCUACUUUCAGCACUCGCUCACGUCUACGGGGACAUGCCGGCGCUGACGCCGCAAGAGGUAACUUCUCGCCCCAGAUUCGAUAUCAACACAGCACCGCUUUCCACUUUCUCCGUGUCACUUAUGUGCUUGUAAGCCAAUAGCCCAACACUCUGCUAGGUUAUCACUGGAUUGGCUUAUACCGUCGCGCCUGGCAUGGAACAGAGUAGCCAGCUCAUUCAGUGGAACCUACGAAGCAAAUAUCUGCCGAGCAUCAUCCCCGCCGAAGAAUCAUGGCCCAAAGUUGGCGCGGAAGCAGUGCGCGCCUCCAUUCGCAGGGCGGACUGUCGAGCCAUGCUGAGUCGUGAAUCUGGCAGCGAAUUGGCUCUCGUUAUCCAUGGGCCUCAUCUCGCAGGCCUUCGCACCUUGGGGGCUGAUCGGUCUACUACCACCUCCCAACCGUCCAGCCAGCCGCGACCCGCUCAGAACAUCAGCCAGGGCGUCUAGUUCUCGCUUAGUAGCAGCGCAGCCUAAUACCACUCGAGGCGGCGUGGGGGAUUAGCUAUCUCUAAGCAUGUAGCAAGCUGUAGCAACAGUCGCCCAAAUGAUAGCAGGCAAGAGCAUCGCGCGCAAGUUCCUCCCUUCCAUUUCUGAUAAGAAUUCUCGGAACAGCGAUCGCCAAACUUGCCUCCCACCCAUAUCUAUCGGCUUACUUACGUUACCCACACGAAGUAACGCGGGAAGCCUUUUCUUUGCACUCAAAGACAAAGCACGCGCGCGAUCACAUCACGAGCCACACACUGAAGACGUACGAACCGACAUCCCCUUCGAACUUUCGCCGCGCGCAGUUUCCGCAUUUAUUCAAACUUCUCGAGGGCAAUCGUUUCACAUACUUCCAUAAUCUUAAAAGACCUCGCAUCUCCAUGAUCAAAAUACAACACCACCAACAAAACAGCACGGAAGGGCUUUUUUGUGUGUUAUGAUUUCGGAGGUUUGAAAAAAAUUCCAUAAAUUACGACGCCGCGCGCAUCAUUUCAACAGGCCCGCAGCCGUUUGGAGGAAGGUACUCCUUCCACCGCCGACAACUCUCCUGAUCUGUUCGGAGGCUACAGCGAUGAAGAGUGGGACAAUUGGCGGCCAGAUUGGAACGGUGAGAGCGAUAACAUUAUCAGCGACGUUAGUGCCUUUCUUUCUUCCAACAAUUUUAAGGAAAACGGUCGCGACUCGGUGGAUGGAGUUCAGUCUAUUCUUGGAGAAUCGCUUAAGUUCAAAGAAUUCAAAAUGCCGGAUCCAGCAGGCCCGGGUGGACCUCCUCCGCCUCCUCUCACGCAUUUCAAGCGCAUUGCUUGUGAAACUGCGCAGGUAUUUGCGGAGAAGUGCGCCAUCCAUCUGCAGCGCCGUCAAAUCUGGCGGAACCAGACGCAAAGAGGGCACUUGCGACGACUGCAAGAAAAUCAUGGGGGCAAUCCUCCACGAAAGGACAUGUCUCGCGCCGUCUCUCUCGAAACCCCGGGCAAGGCCAUCUGUCUCAUUUGCAACAAUGUCAAACAAGCAGAACGCGCGAAGGGUGUGGGGCGUGCCUUCUCGGCUUCGUGCGGGGAUGUCUCCAGGGGUCCUGCGAUUGUUUCGGAGUAUCCGCGGCUCGCUGAGUAUUCUGCUAAGAAUGACCAAGAAGAAGCCGACGGCUUUAAAGCGUUCACCGAUGCAAGACCAAAGCAAAGCCUAGAGGCUUUCGCCGAGCGUGCUUCCAGUCUCAAUGUAUUUCCAGGCCCAACUUUAUACGAGUUCGGCUUCCCUUGGCAAACCUGUCAACUCGCAAAAUUUCUUAUCCGCUUCGCAUUGGCUUGGGUCACAAUAUUUGCGCCGCAGUCUCUCCGCAGGAAGUCCGGACGUUAGACGCGAGCUACCGCCUUACUGGUGAUCAGUCGACCCAAAAAGCUGCCAACCAGUUGCAAACCAAGGGCACCAGUAAGCAUAUGGAAUGGGGUAGGCUCCUUCUCACGUCGCAGGGCGGCAGCCUACUUGUGUGCGGCAACCACUUGACCAGGCUCACCUCCACGCCCUCGGGUGAGCCGGUUAGUAUCCUAGCCGGCUACGCCCUCGGCUCUUCUUCGUCCAGUACCACCCUGACACGGCCGACCUCCUCUCGUCUUCUAAGAAGGGCAAGAGCAACAGGCAUCACCUGGAGCAGGACCCACCUAGCUUGUGUUGCCUCAUCCACUUCGCUCUCCGCAAUUGGGGCAAAGGCGUCAAACUUCGCAGCAGAAUCGACGAAACGCGACAGGGGUUUCAAGGUGUGGCGCACUUGCCUCAAGUCACUACGGCGUGCACGCGCAACAUGCAAAGCAGCAGGGGCGUUGUGAAGGUAGUUUUUUUAAAGCUCGAUCUUAUCACUUGGGCGCCAAUUCUUCUUAGCACCAUCGCGCAGCCUAUCGGCUGUCCCCCUUCUUAUUAUGGGCAGGAGUUCUCUCCUCAAUAGCAUCGCGACCAUUUUCGCAGGCUCUCAUGGGAGAGGCCUCGCAGCAAGAACUGGACGGGGCUCGUGUCGCUGCUGCAAAGCGUUCCAGUGCUCCCGCUGACAUCGAUCCAGUUUCUGGCGGACGUAGAACCUAUCAUCGCACUACUCCAAAAAAGUCUGGUCGUCCUUCGGUUGCUGGUGGUGGCGGGAGCCCCGCUGGCGCCCCAAAUCCCAAGGGAAGCAGCUACGGCGUACAGUCCAAAGAAAUCCGAGCGCAUUGCCAGCGUCUUGGAUGGUGCUGCUCAGCACAAUGCUGAAGCUGCCGCUGCAGCAUUUCCGACCUGUAUCGCCAUCGAUCCGAGAGAACCGCGCAACUUCUUCACUAACAACAUGCUGCGUCGCAACUGCUUCAACCUCGGCAAGGGCACCGCUGUCAUUCACCCGCUUGGCUUCGACUACACUACUUUACUGGGAACAGGCGGGCAACGCUUGCGCAGUGGAGUGCAAGAUCUACUACAACCACUUCAGCAAAGCUAUCGCUUUCCACUGGCGAUCGCAGUGAGUGCCCGCACAGGGAAGAUCCACGCGUAGGGAGGAGCAUGUCGCGAAGAAAGGGGGGAACAAUAACAAGGGCGGAAAAGGUGGAAAAGGAAAAGGCAAGGGGCCGCACAACUGCACCCAUGUCGAAGCUUGUAGGUUAAGAAUUUAAAAAAAGCAGCCCCGUGCCAUCGUUUCACUUAACUACCCGAAAGCGCAAUGCCUGCAUUAGAUAAAAGCAUCGACCUGCCUUCUAUAAAUAGUUCGGCUAUCCAUUCGUUUGCAGUAUUCAGCCGCACCUGGGGACUUCCCCGCGUUGUCUUGUGGUCCACCGAGGGAGGAGAACUCCCAUCCUUCACCAAUGCGCAUCGAAUCGCUGAAGAACGUAGCUUCGAACUCAAGAAAUCGCCUCUGUCUACUCGUGCAAAAUUUGCGACAAGCGCAGUUCUUGCUCUUGAAAGAGCUCCACGGCCGCGGACUUUUCGCGGUGAACCUUGUUUGCGGAGUGAUCUCGAGGGAGAGCGAGAGAGUUGAGAAGAAAGGUGAGCGAAAAAGAGGAAGACGGUCCGCAUGCCCUCAACUCUCUUCAUGCGUUAAGGACUGGGGAAAUUGGUAGUAGUUGUUAUCGGAUUUUAAAAAUGAGCUUCAUGAAGUUGCAGCGUGUGCUGCAUACGUCUGGCGUGUCUGAUCGAAUCAGGGCUGGCGGCCCCUUUAUGCAUGCCCGUGAUGUCGCUGAAGCUGCAAGGCGUGGCGGCUUGUCUUCCGAUCCGAGCAGGCGAAGAAGCUCGACAGUAGAGUCGUAGACACCACGGCACCGGGGCACCCUUUCGCCCCGGACAUUUCUAGGGCGGUAGACGAAGAGCUAUCUACAAACUUUGCUGCUGAUGAACCAGCAGCACCGACUACAGCGUCUCUUUCUUCUGCACAGGUUAGCUCUUCGCCUUCAUCUUCUUCCGUUGAACCUAUCGCCGCGCCUUCGAGUGAGCUCAAAAAUUUGGCUGCAGCGGUGGGCGCAGCGGCACCAGAGAGAUGCCACAACUUUCGAACAAGAGGCGGCUACUGUUAGCGAAACGACUGAGGGACCACUACUGCCACUUGAAGGGCCAUCUUCUCGCUCCUGAGUUUGUGUCGGUUAUCGAACGAAGCUCACAGCGAGAGUGACGACUUCAGCGACUCGGCGGCCAUUCUUGGUGAUUCUGGCUUCGCCAAUGAACUGCAAAACCCCAAGAGCGCCGCGGCUGACCUUGCCGAAACUCACCAGAAAGCUCCCACACCCAUCAGCCUCAGCGGCAACGGUGCAAGAAGGUGCUCAGAAUGCAAGGAAGAAGCUGCACGCUACGGGCAUCGGCUUAGAAAUCUCCAAACGAGACGAGCCUUGACUCGAACAGCUUCGCACUAGGGACGAGCUCAGAGAGGUUCCCAGCUACGUUCUCGGCUUGGAUCUCAAGGGCUGCUUCCCUCACUGGUUGCUGCACCCAGCACGCCGACGGCUUUUCGGCUUGGAUUUGCCUUCCAUUGGCGCUGAGGCCACUCGCAUUCUUCUACCUUUCGGAAUAGCCCCCGCGCCGGAUGCCUAUGAUAUGAAUGGCAAAGAGAUGGCUCGGGUGUGCCACACUGCUGGCGUGGGAUCUUAUAUGCUAGAUAACGUGGAUGGUGUUCGGUCUGCUCUACUUGAUGAGAAACGUCGCCCGAAGGAGGGAGCUGGCUUGGAUCUUCGUAGGCAAUUUUUCUAGUUGACUUCUCUCGGCUACAAAUUACACCACAAGACAAAGAGAGUAAACGCGUAACAGCCUCGCAGGCUUUCCCAUGGCUCGCGUUUGAGGCAGACACAGCGCCCAAGCAACUUGGUGCCGAGCCAUCACGCCGCCGGAAUUCAUUGCGUCGAAUUUGUCGCCGAACUUUUGCACAGUUGCGAGCUCUGUGGUCGGCGCAAGGUCAAAAGCUUGGCUUUGGCAAGAGGGCUCUUGCUCGUUUGUAGUAAAUCGUGGCCCACUUUCUUGCAUGCGGGGCGAUGUCAUGAGUACGGGAGCCCCGAGGCAGUGGCAGACUAGCAAACGCCUCAGCCUUUCGCUAUCACUUUCGGCAGGCUGUCUCAGCGAAGUACGCCGGUGGGGGAAAGCGCUGGCGUAUACACCUUCUGCGGCCAUUUUCUACAGUGGUAGCCAUUGCUUCACGUGGGGAGAAGGAGUCGCCGCCUUUGGUCCGCAAUUCCUCCGCUCUUUGGCGCGUGGUCUUCUAGUCACGGCGCACGGCGACGCCGCCACUUCCACAGGGUCGGACCGGCUUGGGCGGCUCUGUUGCGGGAUAGCACUUUCAGGGCACUAUCUCCGGCGAAUGGGUCUCGUCUUCUAUCAACGCGAAAGAAGCCACUAGUCUAUGUGCGCCGAUGCUCCUCCCCGUGGCUUAUCAAGCUGCGGGCUUCUCUAUUUCGGGGAAGCAGAGUCGUCAUGUACUACGCCGAGAACCCGGCAGCGGAGAGGGCACGCAACAAAGGGCCACACUCGUCGGCAGAAAUGUCGCCGGCUUCUUUCUUCGUCAGGUCUUUCGUGGUCGACAACUGUAUCGAACUUGUGGCAUCCAAAAUUUUUGGCGGCGAAAAUCCAAUCGCGGACUCUCUCCCUCAAGGUUCGACGACGUGGCGAACAAUAUGCGAGGGAGAUUCUUCUUUUCCCGGGCGUUGCUGGUUUCUUCGCGCUUGGAGCAGCAUCACCCUCAAACGCCUGGGCUUCAGCGCCAUUGUUUGCGAUGGGCUCUCGCGCUUCGUCUUCAUUCCUGGGGCUCAAAUGUCAGCGCUCCUCUCCGGUCCAUACAGGGCCCACCUUUUCAAAAUAUUCCACAUCUCCUUCGUAGCAAGUGCUGGCGGUUCCCUCUUACCUCUCUGGCCUGCCAGGCGUUGAAGUUUCUAGACAAAUUGGCCACCGAGACCAACGCGCCCGAAAAAUGUCGGCCGCGCUUCGCAGUGUUAGCGCCGCUGCUGAGUGGUCAGCUUCUACCGCUGUGCCCGACGCUGGGCGCUAUGUCUUCUCCUCCGUUCCUUUCCAGACUUGGAACUCCCCACGCAGCCCGCCAGACUUUGCUCUCUACUUCCACAGGUGGAGUUGCUGCGGCGCAGCGCCAGGCUUGGGGCAGCCACGAAUUUGGUCGAUCGCGUCCUCAUCGGUGGCGUUGCCGUCUCCGCUGGCGAUGUUAUCCAUCGCUCGCGCUUGUUGUUGUAUUCUUGUGCAGCCCAAAUAAGGGGUUGCGGCUUCUCCCUUUAGGGCUCACCCUUACGCCUCGAAAUACACGCUGACGCCUGGUGGCGUGAAACCUUUUGGGGGUUUUGAGCUAGUCGGGAGAGUUCUGCUCUUCCCGGGUCCGCCUAGGACUCGCCAAGACUGCCCAGGCAUCACUGACGCCCAUGCGUCUAGGCUUUCACUACACUUUGGAAGUUGCAUGGGUCGCAUUCUGCUCCACCUCGCUAGGCCGGGCCGCUCCAGCCACGGCCUCCGGCUCACUUGACACUGGCGCAGGUUUCUGUGGUGGGCGUAUUGUUGAUUAUGCUCAGAUGGAUGCUCGGUCGCUUUGUUUCAAAGUGCUGCUCUCUGGUCUGAGCAUUCGCGUCGCGUUUUAUCAGUCUCCAGCGGGUCGCUGACUGAAAUACAUGCUGCCUAUGUUGCCUCUGUGUGUCGCACUCGAGAAGCGCCGCGACUGUCUCGCGCGAGUGUUCCGCUGGUAGGCUAUUACGUUGCGCAGGCCUACCAGCAAAAUAGUCAUCGUCCCUCUCGUGACUGCGCCCUAGUUGUCGCCUUAGUCAUUGUUAUGCAAGGACAGCGCAGGCGUUCGCGUUCGUCAUAACUGACUGGGAUGAUAACAAGUGCUGGCGUCGGUAUCUUCGUCUAUCGUUAUCUUCUGGAUCGAGGGGGCCGCGCAUCCUACUGCGGCGCAUGUGAUGGCCACGCGUGUGUAUCGCUAUCGCUUUCCCUUUUUCCCUAUCGCUUUCUCGUUUUGUCUUCCUCAGUUUCGAUAUUGAUGGCGUUCUUAUCGUUAUUCCUUUCAAAAAUAAACUACAGCCCGCCCACCUCUUUCUUUCUUAUCGGUCUCUCAACACCUGGCCUCCUGCGGAGCACUCAGCUCCUUCGCCUCUGUCGCACUCGAGGAGCAUUCUGGCAGUCUCGUGUGAGUGUUCCGCUGGUUGGUAGGCUAGUACGUUGCACAGGCUUACCAGCAAAAUAGUUAUCGUCCCGCUCGUGGCUGCGCCUUAGUUGUCGCCUCAAAAAUCAAGGCUGUGCAGUACUUUCGUGAGACUGGCGGGGUGUUGGUGCUCUACUUGAUGGACGAAGAUAGGGGCCAUUUUGAACUUUUGAAGAGGUGGGGCCUCAGUUUCUAGCUUUAGAACGGACGUAGGAUGGACUCGGAUGGAUCGGAUGGACCCCCCUGGUUCUUCUGAUCUUGCUUGAAACGAUGGGAGGCCCACCUGGUCCAUCCCGUCCCGGAUCUGGCACCCCUCUAAAAAAUUACUCUACUAGUAUGUGCCCGCUUCUGGUGCCAUCCGUAGUCCACUGAAGGAAGCACUGGCUUUGAGCUUGAAUAUGGUUCCAUCCCCUUUUUCAUGUUUCGUGGAGUUUACGGCGUUGCGAAAUGUGCGAAGAAUGUAUGCUGCGCCAGGAAACCAGUCCUCUCUGCUGGAGGUGAGGAUGGAGCGGCUCGCGAAUGGUGCUGCUGCGCAGGCGGUGACCAACCAGAUCAACGAGAUUAGGAGGAAAAAGCGGUGCCAGUACAAUCUUGAGCAAAUAGGACAGCACUCUCUGGCAGGCAUCACACUUGUAGGAAAGACAGCGACUCACGCUGCUGUUGUCUGGUACUACUGCGAGUGUGGAGGCUCUACGGCCAAGAACUGGCAGUUCAUCACGCUGGCGGCUGCCGGCGAGAACGGGUCGCCAGCUCUUUCGUGCUGGAUUCAUGCCGUGGCAACUCCCCAAAAACAAAUAGGCGGCCAAAACGAUGGGAUAUUUCUGGUGCGGUCGGAGCCACUUCUGAACUAUCAACAAGCAAACAGCCCUGGACUGGGUACCGAUGGAGAAGCAAGCGCAGGCGUGCCUAUUAUUAUGGACAGCACAAAAAUGCGCAGAAGGUUCCUACCUUUUGCCUAGGGCCAUGGCCUCACUUCACAGACGAAGCUGGUUCAACGGGGGGGCCCCUUACUAACUUAGCCCUCACAUUUAUGCACUAAGCGAGCUGGCUGGGGAGGUGAUUGCACUAGCUGGCGAGCUAAUGGAUGCGAGAGAGGGGCGUGCCCCCUGGAAGGUUUCCGCGUGAUAGUCACCAAAAAAACCGACGUGGGGACCGACGGGGGAGAGGGUUGGGGGGAAUGUCCCCGCGAACCCUGCCGGCCUGUGGUCGUGUAAAAGCGCGGCCGCGAGUUGGCUCCUCCAGCGGCGCAUUGGCGCGCACCGGCGAAGGCAGACUACGGCCCGCGCCUCCGCGAGAGGGCUAAUGCUAUUACUUGCACCCACAGGGUGGAGCUCACAUGCGGAGCGGCAACGGGCGGGGCAGAUGCCGACGCGCGAAGCGGCCACCGGAGCGCGGGACAGCGUGCCCGCGCGUGGGCCGCUGGGCUGCGAACGUGCCGCCCGGCGGCGUGGUGGGCAGGCGCGCGGCUGCUUGCUGGGGGUGCAGGUGGACUCGCAGUGGUGUGCCUGGCUGCGUGCGCGGGUGCCGUCGGGGGGAGGUGCAAAGGCGCCUCCUCGCGGGUGGCGCGCGCGUUGGGGUUGGGGCAGCGGGCUCCUAGCUCAUGAGCGUAGCACCGCUCUUGGCUCAAGCGGCUGCCUUCUCUCUUUCCCAAAAGGUCCAGGGCUUUGCUGAGUGAUCGAAGUGGCGCCCCUGGCAAAAUAAUAGCUCAGCAGCGCCGCCGCCUGCGCUUUUUUGUUUUUAAAACGACUGAAGCGAAAUGCACUCGCUGGAAAACGUUGCUGGCCUCGUUGUCCACCCUGGCGAAAUUCCACUCGGCAGCGACGACACGGAUGAGAAGGGUAGAGUUUUGACGGGGCCAUGGCCAAGCUGCGGAAACAGCUGAGGGGCGCGGACGCUUACGGCGGGAAACCGUCACGGGCGCCCUGGUCCAGGACUGCAAGAUGGGCCGAACGCCGUAGGGCUGUCCACAUUAGUCCCACUGCGUAGCCUUCUCACUAUACGGGCGGUCUUGCUUCUUGCUCUUCCUUGACGCUGCACGCGGCACGCGCGGCCCCCGGAUCGAUCAGCGAUCCGGGGGCCGAUCGGUGGCUCGUGGAUUGGUCAGUGAUUCGCGGAUCGAUCCGCAGCCUGUGGAUUGCUCAGCGAUCUGUGGACAUCAAUGAUCUGCGGACUUAUCAGGGGUCCGCGGGGUGGUCAGUGAUCCGCUGACUGAUCAGUGAUCCGCGGACUGAUCAGUGGCCCGCGGGGUGAUCGGUGACCCGCUGACUGAGAUCGGGGAUCCGUGGGCCGCUCAGUGAUCCGCGGGCUGCUCAGUGGUCCGCGGACUGAUUAGUGGCCCGCGGACUGAUCAAAGACCCGCCCCCGCGGGCUGAUCAGUGAUCCGUGGGCGACUGAUCAAAGACGGACCCACGGAUCGGCCAGGGGUUCGCGGACUGGUCAGUGGCUUGUGGAUUAAUCAGUGACCCGUGGGCUGAUCAGGGACCCGCGCACGGAUCGACCAAGGACCCCUGGAACGAUCAAGGGCCCGCGGAUCAUGGAUCAAGGACCCGCGGAUCGAUCAAAGGCCCACGGAGCGGCCAAGGAUCCACGGACCGACAAAGGAUUCGCGGAUCGCUCAAGGAUCCACGGAUCGACAAAGGACCCGCGGACCGAUCGCGGGGCCGUGGAUCGGUCAAGGGCCUGCAGAUCGAUCAAAGACAGGCCCACGGAUCGCCCAAAGUUCCCCGGAUCGAUCAAAGUUCCCCGGAUCGAUCAAAGUUCCCCGGAUCGCUCAAAGAGCCACGGACCACGCGCCGGCCGCCGCGUGACACGUGAAGCACAUCGCGCGAACUGGCUGCGUGCUGCGUCACGCUUGAGGUUGAGCUUAGACGCCUCGCCCCCCUCCCGAAGCUCUCGGCGUCACGCGGUGGGCGUCACGCGUCGCGAACAGCUCCGCGGCGUUCUGUAAGUCCCACGGUCUGGGAAUGCACUGGCGCCCUCUUCCAAAUGGCGGGCGAACUCCCGGGGCUGGAGUUGCUGGGGCCUCAGAAGUGCACCAGGAGCCAGCAGGCAACUCCACCGCGGGGUGGUGUCUGUUCUUGUCAGGAUACCGCGCUGGAGUUUUCUCAGGGUUUGGAAAUAAGUUUUGGGAAUUCGCUCCAUCUUUUAUGGUGGUUUCUGACGGGCUCGCGCUGUCUUUCGGGGUGUGUGAUUGCUGAGCGGCUUGCCGUUCGUGAAAAGGCAGGGCGCCUCGUUCUAGUGUGUAACCCCUGGAGCGGCAGGUCGCGGGCGUUUGGGGUGGUGUUCUCGGUGUUUCGCCCUUGCGCAGUGGUUGGCCGAUCGUGUGGCGCCUGUGCAAGGGGAUGGGCGUAAACCCCUGGGAGACCCAUAGCAGCGGAGGCGCUUGUUUGGCUAUAGUAUCUGCGUGAAGGGUGUUGUGGGGUGUAAGGUAACUGCCCGCGCUGCGUGAGAGGAAAGCCGUCGAACAUGCGGGGCGUUCGACGUCUUGGCCGCUCUUGAUCAGUCCAAGAGGGGGCUUUGCCUUUGGCCCACGAGGUGCUUGCGGUAUUUGCUCGGCAUGGGUGUGGGUCGCUUAGUAUUUCUCUCACAGACAGUGUCUGCGAGCCAAAGGGGCAACAGGUCGGGCAGGGAUUGAGGACGCGGAGGGCAGUUAAGUAGGCGGCGGGCGUCACGGUGUGAGAUGAUAGGGGACGAACAAACGCCUACGCGCAGAAGAAUUGCCCACGCGUAUACGUGCGCAAGCAACUGCUCUGCAACACCUUGAAGGGCAGGGAGGCCGCCUUGAUCAUCCAGGGCGUGAAGGGAUAGAGGCGGCGUGGAUGUGGCGACAGUGCUGGAGAGUCAGCCUCCAAGUGGCAUGAGAUGGCUACAGGGAUACAAGGCGGCCACCUGUGCCGGAAAAACUGAAGGAAGGAGAGAGGGGGCGGCGAUGAUCUGGGGGGUGGAAAUUGGCCGGGAGAUGGAGGCCACCGACGCGGACACUGGCCAGGCCACUUGGCUUCAACUAGAUGGGGCGGCGGGCCUCAACAUCGUCGGGCACUAUGGGAGACAAGAAGGAGAAGGAGACGCCAACGCCUGGCGGGUGGAGCUAUUGGGAGCCAUGAAGGGGCGGGAAGGGUCUACGUUCUUGGUGAUGGGCGCCCAUAGUAGGGCGAGGCCAGUGACGGGCGUCGAGGUGCUCGAGCUGCCGCGAGCUGCUCGAGGGAGUUGCCGCAAUGAAGAGCCCCGCGCACUUCUGGAACGAGCUGCCACGAGGGAGCUGCCGGGGGAAGCUAGCUGCGUCGAAGUCAAAUGGUAGCGAAGCGGGCUGGAGCGGGUGCAAAAGUGCCCACCCGUCUCCGAAAGCGCGGCGCCUUGCCUCUUUGGGAGCUUCUUUGCAAAACAAAGAAAGCGGGGGCGGCGUUGCUCCUUUGCGUUUGAAUGGGGUCGAUAGUGGCGCGCCCCUCCCCACGCGCUCGCGAUGGCCGGGAGCAAGUGCUUGGGCCCCCUCCGCUUGUGGUUUGGUUCGUUGGGGAAUCGUGUCAAGCUGGGCUGGGGUUUUCGUUCUUCGGUUUUGCGGGGAGAGGGGUCCCGCCAAGGUGGGCGCCUAGCAAGCUGGCUCGCGACUGAAGGGCGCCUUUGCUUGGUUGUGAAAUUGAGAAACAUGCGGCGGGGGCUGUUUGGGUAGGUCGCGGCGUGUGUGGUUUUCCUUUGGUCGGCAGGUGGGCGGGCUGUUGUGGUACAUGCUACACCCCAGGGCCCCCGCGAGGGGCCCGCUGCGUGCCUACGGGCAUUUGCCUGGCUGCCCUUGGCUGGCUUCCACUGGCAAGCCCCUUGUUUUUCUGGCUUCAAGUUCCUGACUUUCUAGUACUGCAACGCCCCGCCAAGGCUGCGGCUGCGCCCGCAGGGCGCACAGGAAAAAAAUCCACUGAACAGAGACACGGCGUGCAGCGUCUUGCGUUCUAUUCUUGUUAAGGUUUCUCGAAGUCUCACGAAGCUGCGCCCGAAGGGCACCGCGCAAACAAUUAGGGUGGGCAGCUCGAGUAACUCGCGCAACGAGCCUGAGAGACUCGGCUUGAUCUGCGUCAGAAAAGGCCGCACUCUUUUAGGGGAAAGCUGUCAGGCGGACGGGCACCCGGCCACCAAUGGCGUUAAAAACUGGCUAAAAAAGUCGGCUUUUUGGGAUCGCGGGGCGCCUUCCCUGGGCCGUUGUGUGUCUGUUUCGUUUCUGGGGUUUUUCUGCCUUUCUCUUGUUGUUUUGUUGGUAUAUUUGCGAGCGACAAGGGGGGCGCUUUUGGUUCUGUAUGCUUUGGCUGAGUGGACCGGCUGGGGGGUGCAUGUCUUAGGAAUGUCGGCUGAAGGGGGUACAUCGCUGAAGCCGGUCAGGGAGACGAUAGGCCGUCGGCCUUCGGGUGUGAUGCUUCUGGCCUCUUGGGUGUUUUCGUGCUGCUUUUCAGUGGGUUGGGCUUGUUUGUGUUUGUCGUUUGUUGCUUGGUCGUCUUGGCCCGCCCCCUGUGGAGGAGGGGCCGGGGGCAUUUAGGGGAGUGCCUCUGCCACUGGGUGCCCACACUGAGCCACGGCCCCAGGGCUUGACGAUUGGCGCAACAGCUCGCGCGGAAGUGCGGGGCCUCGCACUCGAAGCGAUGGGGGGACCCGGUAGGGGUCGCGCCUGGGCUUGGGGGGGUGGGGUCCCGGUCGACGGUUAAGAAACGGCUUAAAAACGGUUAAAAUUUUCUGACCCUUUCCCGGGUUGGAAAAAAACGGUUAAAAACGGUUAAAAUUUUUGGUCUUUUUCUCGUGUGAUUUCGCCUAGAAGUCGGCCGCUGUUGCUUUUGGAGUCGGUUGAGAGCACUCCCGCCGAGUUUUGGAAGGGCGUGCCGCUGGCUUUUUUAACCGUUCCCAAAGGUGGCGCUUUUUUAGCCGUGGGCUUUAGAUAGCCGCCUUUUUAAGCCGUGGGCCUUAGCUGUUUUCUUAGCCGUCAGUCUUAGCUGGUUUUUUAACCGGUUCCCGCGGUGUUUGUCUUGGGGCGCCUGCCUUUGGGCCGCGCAGCCGUGGCGUAGACUGGAUCGCACCCGACGCACCCGCCGCAUUCCGCUGGCAGGCCUCGAAGCGUGGCGUGGUGCUCGUGCAAGCUCCGCGGGGUUGGCUGGGUGGUGCGCGUGUGGACGUUGAGGCCCCGCGUCGAGCAGUGCUUACCUGGGGUGGGGCUGUAACGUCCACGCCAGUCACGGUCGCGCGAUUCUGGAGCGGGCGCCGGGGUCACAGUUCGCUGGCCCCUCGAAGUGUGGCCUUAUUUAACGUCCGCGCCGGUGAGCCUCGCGGGCUGGUGUGGUGUCGGCUCUUUGUGUCGGGCCUUUUCCUGAACUGUCGGCCCCGGAGUGUGUGGGGCCGCUUGCUGGAGGCCGGCCCAGGUGCAUGCGCUAGACUCGCGAGCGCCUGCUAUUGCAUUGUGGUGGCACGGGUUCGCUCGGUGGGGUCUUCCGUGGGUCUUUUGUGUCGGGUCGAUUGUUGCCCCCCGGCUGCCAGAUCAGCUGGCGCGGGUGUGUUGUGGUGUCUGUCUGGCAGCAGGAACAGAAGACAGAGGAGAGGGGAAGCGGGAGGCCAAUACGAAAGAAAGAGAAGCAGAGGAAACGCGGAGGCAAGAAAAACAGGAAGACACGGAGGACACCGGCGGCCAGCCUCGGCAGAAAAGCGGCGGCAGAUAUGUCGAGCGAGCGCGCGGACCUGGACGCCCCGGGAGCCCAACAGGACGGAGCUGAAAAAGACCACGCAGGGGAACAGGACGGGCGAGAGGGCUGCAGGCGUGGGAUGGAUACAGAAGCGGCCCACCAAGAGAGACCGGCGGCAGGGGAAGCCCGGACGAUCCGCGAAGCCAGGAAGGCCGCGAACAAAAUGGAGGAAGCCCGCCAAGGGUGGGAAAUAAACAUGAAGGACGGAGAGAGGGCAAAGACACUCCACGUGCUGGCAGCUGAAGAGGUGGCCAGGAUAGAACGGCGGAAGGAGAUGAAAAAGGCGGCAGGCAACGCCUGGGAGCUCGGGGGCGUUGAGGCUGAAAGGGUCAAGGAGCUGGGAGGGGUAAUGGCUUGGGCCAGCCGCAUGCUUUCGAACGCCCGCAAAACCCUCCAGGUGCGUGGAGCUUUUGGAGAGGGGGACGGGAAAGCGAAGGGGGGCGCCUGCCUCUCUUGCAUGAUAGCGGACAGGAGACGCUGGGCGCCCAAAGAGCAGGAAGGCCAGACAAAAGGCAAGGGGGGGGGAGGAUGCUUGAAAAGACUGGAAAAGGCGUAAGGACGCGGCCCAAAAUGGGGAGCAGCCUCUUUCCGUUUGGGAAGAACUGGCAGAAAGGGCAAAGGCAAUCACCGGAGCAAGCAUAUCAAAGGACAGGGAAGGGCCAGGGGUGGAAGUUGUCAAAGAUGGGGGGAGGAAGGAAAUUGGGAACGAACUGGAGAAACGACGGCGAGAGCGAGCCAAAGCCAUGAGAGGAGGAAAGCAAGAAAGCAGGCACCGCGCUGGCGUACCUCUUGGAGAGAUGCCGCGGGAGUAAAACGCCGGCGGCCGCCUGGCAGGGCUGGCGGGAGGGGCUGGGGGUGGAAAAAUAGGGGGAAGAGAACAGCAGGCCCCAAGACAAGGAGGACCACACCAAGAGGAGAAAGAGACGGGCAACUGCAACGCGCGAAGGCAGAAGCCAAAGGAGGUCGCUGCGAGGUGCCGCAGCUUACGCAAAGCAAGGCAAAUAGCCACGCAGGGGGAUGAAAUGGGAGGGGGGGUGUGGUAUGCUUGGACAGUAAAGAGGUUAAGGCGGUGAGAUGGGGGGACGAGAGGACAAGAAACCUCGCGAGGGGAAACGCCAGAACUGAACAGGCCAGGCAGCUGCAUGAACUGAAAUGGCGAGACAGUAUGGGGGGACAGGCUGAGGUGAAAAGAAGGGGAGCGAAGGCAGCGGCGCCACCAGGAUGACAGACAGCGAAGGAAAGCACAAGGGACUGCCAGACAAGACAAGCAAGAGGCAGGGGGGCCCGUCAAACUCGUGGAAGACUGGGAACACUGUGAGCAGACUGGGGAAGUGAAACCACUGACCAAGACAGCCGGCGGGAGUGCCCCCCGGGGGUGAAGAAAUGCCGGGGGCCACAGUCGGGCGCCCGCCGCUGUGGUAUGUGCCAGGUGGUGCACGGCACAGGCCAGGCGCGCCAGGAGUGGCUAGAACAGGCCAAGAGGGUGGGGAAGAAUGAGGGAAGGCGGGAGGCAUACCACGGGGCCAAGUGAAUGCGCCGGGGCCCGGUGACAAAGGUGAAGGCGUGCCCAUAGAUACAAAGAGCGAGGGGGCUGGGCAGGUGGUGUGAAGGAUGUAAAAGAACAGAAGGGGGAGAGACCUGGGCUGCACCCACUGCAGGGAAGUAGAAGAGAAAAAGACGGAGGACCCUGGCGGGAAAGAGCAGGAGGAAAAGGCCAAGGCCCUGAGAAAAAGACAGAGACGAGAUGGCAUCCCGCCCCACCCGAUCGGUGGGCUUACAUCAACAACACCAACAAGAAAAAGACAGAGGGAAGAGGAGCGGGGGGACAGGGUAUGAAGAGAGGCCCAACGCAGAGCCCAAAGGCGAGGAGAUAGAAGCAGAGGAAAAGAGAAGGGAAGGCAAAAAGAGACCCGCGGGCAAACUGCUGGAGGGACUCGGGGAAGGGGAGGGGGCAAAGAUGAAGCCCCCAGGAGUGGAAGGGGCAAAAGGAGAAAAGAGGCUGGCGGGGGGACCGCUACAGGACCUCAGAGGGAGAGAGAAAGAGAAGAAGUAGCCAAGAGACCAAGAGGCGGAGAAGGGCAGAGGCAGAGCCCCCAAGAAAAAGGGCGCGCGAGGAGGGGGCAGGUGGGGCACACAGCAGCCCCACAGCAGUGAGAAGGAAGCAGCAACAAGAACAAAAAGGAAAGCCGAAACGGAAGAAGGAAGCCAGGACGGACGUGAAAAAUAGGAAGAGAAAGGGAGGAGGCCCGGCGAAGGGACCGCCGGACGAAAUGAGGCCAAGGAGACCACGAAGGGAACAGAACAGCAAAAGAGAAGACUGGAAAUUAUCAAGGGGCCGCCCCAGGCGAAGCCCCAGACCAGACGGAGGGGGAGGCAGUGCAGGAGGGCAGGAGCAAUCGGAGCGGGCUCCCCUCGCCUCCUUGGGGUCCCCCGCAGAGGUGGCGGACGUUGGUCGGGCCUCGCUCUGUGGGGCUGAGUAGGGGCAGUCUUUUACUUUAAAGAGGGCGGCCCUCUUAGGGGAACGUAAAGCAGCGGCAGGGAUGGGAUGACAUCCCGCCCCACCCGAUCGGUGGGCUUGCAUCAUCAUCAUCAUCGUCGUCACAUCUUUCCGCGACGUCGAUUGCUGUCAACUCAAGGCAGGAGCUGACACCCGCGGCGUCGAACAAUAUCAAAAAGUGCCAAAGUGUGACAUCGGUGGCGCCAAAAAGUGGCAAGCUUUGGCGUCAGAGUCUCCAAAAAACAACAAAACGUGGCAAGCUUUGGCGCCGGAGCUACCAAAAGCCGGGAAGGCUUCUUGACAUCGUCACGGCCAAAAAACGGCAAAAAGUGGAAAGCUAGCCUUGGCGCCUGUUUUGCCAAAAAAUGGCUAACACUGGCAAGCUUUGGCGUCUGCGUUUCCAAAGCGUGCAACCUUUUAGCAUUUUUUGGCGUUUUUUGACAUAUUUCGAAGCGCUUAGCACCUCGUGGAGGCCCCGGGAGUGACCACUGCAACGCUCUGCCUGUCAAGUUCGAUAGGCGACUGCGCUGCGUGGUAAUAUUAGACACUAAGACUGAGGGCUUCGGCUUCGCUGCUCUUUGUUGCCUUGAGUUGGGGGCAGCUUCUACUCUGAAGACUGUCACUCAGGUUGGCAGCUACAGCGCAGCGCAGUCUUCAAGAAGUAUGGAGCCAACCUGGGCUGCAUGUUUUUUGAAUUGUCUUGGAUGAAUUAAAUUGCUGCGGGGCGAACUUGUUCGUGCUGCGGUGUUUAUUUCUCCGUGGAAAGGGAAUGGGGAUGGCAAAUAGGCUGCGUUGCGACUGAAAGGGAGCAGCGCGCACCUUUGAAAAUGAAAGUGAGAGACUAACCCCUUUGAAAAAAUUUAAAAACUGCGUUCGCCCGGUUUAAAGCAGCCCGCAAGCUCGAGACUGUAAGCCAUCGAUAUAGAGGGAAAAAGUAAGAGCUCGCUGAGAGAAAGGCAAGGGCGCCCCCUCGAAGAAGUAAGAAAGUAGGGCUUUCUGUUCUUAGUUUGGAUUGGUACGUCGGACCGGGGUCGAUCGUUCGAAGAUCGAAACUCUUUAGCGCGCAAGCGUUAGAGUCUAGGGCAGCACACACUACCAGCGUUCUAGCGUUGCGCUGUCUGUUAAGUUAUCAGCUCAGAGCAAGUCUCUUUUUGUAGGGAGACUGGCGGCGCAGGGGUCUGGCAGCCCCCCCAUGGGAUGGUGGAGCGGGCGCCGACGGCUGCUGGUCAUAGCUGAUAGAAAGACACCGGCAGGGAGAAUGGGGCUGAAGGUUAGGCCAUGGGAUGGCCCUCAAGGCCAACGAAGGGCCGAGCACUAUGCCUGCCAGGGGAGGAAGGCGGGCCGACCGAGACAACGCGGGGGCUGAAAUAUGGAGGAAAUUCAUGGAACGACUGAGGGCGCCAUGUGGAUAAAGACCGGGGAAGGAGUCGCACAACAUGGAGGACCCCAGCGACAUCGCAGAGACUACGCGGGGCCCUGUGAAGCUAGAAGCGAGAGGAGCUGAGGGCGCAGAAGUAGGCGGAGCGGCUGGGCAUGAGGGCGCGCGCUAGGAUCUGGCCACGCGGUGCCUGCGUCUGUUGGAGACCGCCGCGUCGGUGCGAAAGAUGGCCGCGAGAUCUUCGCGAAAAGUUGCCCGGGUUGGUCUUCGUUGCCUCGGUCUUUCCGAGUAUGGAAAAGGCGGCGGCGCGGCCUCGGGUGCUUUGUCUUUGUGUUGUGUUCCUCUGUUGUUGACAGCCCCGGCGCCAAGUGAGUGCGGGCCGCCCGCUCGUCAUUGGCGUCGGCGCUGCUUGGAAUACAGCCGCGGCACGCCUGUGCAAGCUCCUCGAGGUGUAGAGGACCCGCGCGGAGGACGGGGGAAACGCAGGCGGGGAAGCAGUGGCAAAGCGGGGCGGCGUUGGCCAUCUUUCUGCGCUUGAACGCCUGGGGUGGCUCUCAGUUUUUUUUUUCUAUAUGAAAAAUGCAAACCUUGGCGAAAAGUUUGCGAAAUCUUUCAAAAGAGUCUUUGGCUUGCGGAGUCUUUCCGAAAAGAUUAGCGCAAGCAUGAAGUUCUAACAUUUUCAAAACUUUUAAACUUUCCGCAAACAUUCCGCGAAGAUUUUGGCGCGUUCGUCUUCCGUGUUUUUUUGAUGAAGACACGGGAGUGGAUCGCCGAGGACAAACUCGCAACAGCUUGCAACGAAACCGCAUAAGGCUCCGCGCUUGUUGUCUGUGGUUUUUGUGGUUUCUCUGUUCUUCUCUCCAGGCUUGGGAGGCCUCUGGCGUUGUGCAUUCGUUUGGGAAUUUGGCGCGAGGCUGAGCCGCAGACUGGUUCGCCGGCUUGUGGUGCUCUCGGCGCAGUGGUUGGCCUGUCCGUGUGUGGGCUGUGUCGGUUUCGUUUUCGGAGCUCCUUUUGGCUUCGUUUUAGUCAAUGAGACAAGGACAAGGGCCGCGCGCGUGAGCCUCGGCAGCUUUUCGCCAGGAUUUUCCGCCACCGGUGAUUGUCGGGCGCGGUGGUCUCCGGCGUCUGCAGUCCAUCCUCAGGGAGGAACUCCGGGACGCGGUGACGAGGGUACUACACAACACCAGAAGAGGAGAGAGAGGGCCGACAGGGCUGGAGUCCGUGCAAAUAUUUUGGCCAGGAGGGAGGGCUCCAAAGGUCCCAGGGAGUUCGUCGCGCACUGGGUGAGGACAGCGAAGAACUUGGGAGAGGAAGGUCGCGAAAGCUGUGGGCACCGGGCUGCGACAGAACAUACGGAGAGGGGGUGAGAGUGGAAAAAGGGAAGGGAGUCCAUGACGGACGCAGACGACCCGGCAAGGCUUUCGCACUCCCGCGCGAUCUGCUUGGAAGGGGCAGGGCUGAGCCUCGCAGGAGUCAGGGAAGAAGCGCGGAGGGCGCUGAGGGCGAAACGGUGGCCCAGUUAGUUUCGGGGGUGGGAUACUGAUCCAGGACAAGCAAGGAGCGGCGGAGCCCUUGAAGCUCGUGGAAGAGAGACUGGGGACGCCGUGACCAUGAACAGGCGGGGGAAACUAGAGGCCAGGGCGGUUGACGAUCGUGCCCCUGGAGUGUGAAAAAGUGUCAGGGGGCGGAGUUGGGGGCACGCCGCUGCGGUAUGUGUCAGGAGGGGGCAUGGGAGUAGCCAAGCACGCCAGAAGCGGCUGGAGCAGGCCAAAAACAAAGGCCAGAAACAGAAGACGAGAAAAGACGCGAGGCACACCACAGGGCGAAGCGGAUGCGCUGGGGCCUGGUGGUGGAGGUAAAGGAACGGGCGCGGCUGGCUGUCGGAAGGCCUGGCUGUGUGGUGUGAAAGAUUGAGAGAGCGGGGAGGAGUCUGGGCCAUGCCACCCACUGCAAGGAAGUAGGAGGAAGAGAAGGAGAAGGAAAACGCGGGAGAAAAGAAGCAGGAGGGGGGGGCAAAGCGUGAAGGAAAAGACGCAGAAAAGAAGAGCAGGGGGGCAGGGAGUGGAAGGGUGCACCGCGCAAAGCGCACACGGGUGAAGAAGCUGGGGAGGAGAGAAGAAAUGGAAGGACAGGAUCGGCGGGGGAACCGCCUGAAGAACCCAGGGAAGGAAAGGAGGAGGAGAAGCUCCCCAAAACGGAAGAAGCAAGCAAGGAAAAGGGAAGAAUGAAAAGACCGGCGCGGGAGCCGCUCCAGGGCCUCAGGAGUGGAAAGAAAGGGAAGAAGGCGCAAAGAGGGCAGAAGAGAGACGAGGACAGCGCGCUGAAGGAGGACAAGAAGGGGGCAAGAGCGGCGGCAAAAGGCCCCAGAGCAGCGAGAAAGAGACAGCAACAACGACAGGAGACGAAACCAAAAGGGAAGGAGGACGCCAAGGAAGUGAAAGAGGAGGGAGAGAAGGGCGGAGAGCCGGGCAAGGGGGUGGCGAGACGAAACGAGGCUGAAAAGACCAAGGAGGGAACCGGACAGCAGAAAAAGGCGCCGGCCGAAAUGGCGGGGCCGCGCGCUCUCUCAAGGGGGGGCCCCCGAUGGCGGGGGAAACAGUGCCGGAGGUCUUUUUUUUUGCGUUAGGACUAUAUGCCACCGCCCUUUCAGACAGUCAAUUAACGUGCCCAACUAUUGCCAUCCAAAUUACAUACUGGGGGCGCGAGGGCAAGGGGAGAGCGCUGCGCAAAGGCUUCCCUCGCCUACUUGGGGGUCCCCCGGAGAGGUGGCGGGCGUUGGUUGGCUUGGCCUGGCUUGUCUCUGCGGGGCCUGGGGAUGGGCAUAAAGGUAGCAAGCAACUGGCAGUACUCAGAGUGAUCUAAUUGCCAGGACCUGUUUUGCAAAAAGCUGCCGCAUUCGAUCAAGGUGGACGACGACGACGACGGAAAAAAGGCCGCAAAGGAAGCCAAGAACGGCUCCGAAUGCGCGGCCGCAGCUGAUUUCGUGGAAGAAUGGGGGCGCAACGUCGCUAAGCAGGGAUCCCGGUCCAUCGACUUGACGACCCCUUUUUGCAAGCAGUUGAGCAAGGUUAUCGAUGUGGGCACGCAUACGGCGCUCUGCAUGGACGCGAUGCACACAGUGAGCAACUCAGCCCUUCUUACGACGUUAGCCAGCCAAGGAGGCACUGCGACUGGCGCGGCAAAGGAGCAGGGGCCACAUCAAAAUGUGCUAGCGUCGACUUGGGAGAGCAUUCGCUUGCUGGAGCGGAGGAAGCUUUUCCAUCGAGACAUCAAGGCAGCGAACUUUCUCUCUGUCUCGCAAGCUCAUGACCAGCAACGCGUGAUGUGGAUGGCCAGCGACUUUGGCUUUGCGUGCAGUUACAGCGAACAGGUGACGAGCGUGGCGAAGUGCAAGGACCACGAUGAAUCUGGCACGCUUGGCUACCUGUCGCCAGACCAUCUUACAGGGGGUCAGCUGGUGCAGCCUGCAGCUCGUGCUGCAAGAGGAGACUCCUUCAGCUGGUCCGUCAUGAUCGUCGAUGGCGCCAGGGCGCAGUGCGGUGACCCAAGUGAGAUGAAGGAGCCUACGGGCUUUUCAGAGAUGCUGGGAUUCAAGGCGGAGGUCAAUUAUGGUGUCCCACUUCGAUUUUCAUCACAGGACAGACGUUCGGCUAUCAGUUGAGAUAUGCCAUCCUGCUCACGGGAUGACAUACGAGCUGGCAAGUGAAAACUUCCAAGUAGGUGAUGCCCUCUCUAAAUCUAGCACGCAGAGGAGUCCGUGGUUGAUUACGUCAGAGGGAAGCAUACGAUAUGCCCAAAGAGCUCUAUCUUGGUUAUGAAGUGACAGACUUUUUGGCUCGGACCUUUUCAAGUAUUACUCUCUCACCGAUAGAGGACGCUGCGCCCAAGUAGAAGUUGCUUAGUAAAUUUUGUUCACCAAACAGCGAAAGCUCGCAUAAGAGCACGAUUAACAUUUAAGUAUCGUCUUUUUAUAAUAUGAAUUCAUUUAUUUGGCUCAAGGAAGCGCUCGAUUGUAUAAGAUUAGUGCUAAGUUGAGGAUCUAAUAAAGAUUGACUAAUCCACUAUCGUCUAGGAAAACUGCAUUAGAGUAUUUAUAUUAUAAAUCAUAGUAUAUGUCGACGCUGUAGUUGUACUACAUGAUGAUGCUCUCACGUUGUUGCAGAUGUCUCAGGAGAAAGUACAGUCCGCUGCCGAUGCCGGGGAGCUUUUGCUGAAAUUAUGACGCAUGUGCCCCUCGUAGUAAGUAGAUGCUAUCGUAUCCGUAACCGUAUCCUCACAAAGACUUACCCAGUCCUCGCUUACUUAAAAGCGUUGCCUUUGGUAUUGAUUUGGGUGCAAGUCGCGUAUGAAUAUGAAAGUAAAUUCAAGCUGACCUCACCCAAACCCUAAGAAAGUACAAUACGUAUCUACUAUUUUUAAGUAGAACUAGUACUCCAUCUCCAACUGACCCUCGUAUUCAUUGCCAUGGAUCGCCGGAAACGAGAAAGGAGCAAAUAAAAGGGACGCUCACACUCGCUGUCAAGCCGUUCUCGUGUCUCUGCAGAGUACGAUGCUGAUGCCCCUGGAGCGUCCUGGCAGCCAUGCUGAUUUGGAUAAACCAAGAGAGAAGCCGGAAGCGGAACCACCAGGACCAGCAGUGAAGCCUCAGCGCCGCAGUUUGAGUUCGGUGGCUGGCGUUCUGAGGGGUUUUUUUCGGCUUGGGGACGCUAGGACUGAAAUUCACGCCCUUAAGCGUUUCUUAUAUAGUUCCCGGCAGGUUUCCGCUGUGCAAAUCGUGGGGGUUUUGCAUGGUUCUCAUGCGGUUGCACGUUUGUCAAAUGUGCUGCAAUGAUCUCCAUGACCUUCACGCCCUUAAUGGUCUUCGUACUCAUAACAGUAUCGGGGUCAUCGUCGUCGUUCUCUUACUUCUAACAUUGGCGGAACAGGGGAACACGAACGGGGUCAGGGUCUACGUCCGAGUGAGGUGCGUCCCUCGUUACCCCCGAAGCGUCGUGGACCAGUGCGGGCGAUAGACCUGAUGGCCAGCGCGCUUUUAGGUGACCCAUGGAUCGAAUACGAGUCGACCCUGGAAAAGAACUACAAGUGGAGGGCCUAUCAAGAUAGAGCAGGUCAUACCCCGGAGAGUUUUGAUGAAAUUCGCAGGGAUGAUUGCAAGGACGGAGAGUUGUAAGCAAAGUUUUCGGGAUCAUUUGUUUAUUUCCAUCACACCUGUGGUGGUGGGUACUAGACGUCUGCUUCUGAUGGAUAGAAGACGAAGUCACUUUUUGAAGAAAGGACGACGAUGAUCAAACUCACGCUUCUAAGGCUACAAUAUCUACCAGAUGAUAAAAACAAGGCAUUCCUUCCAGCAAUGAAAGAAUAUUAGGAACAAACACACUUGAUUCUGAAUGGUUGGGAAAUUAUGCGGAAACUAGGAAUAGUCGUGAUGCAAAGAAACAAGACGAUGAAGCUGAGAACAGUCUACUAUACUAAAUCUAAACUGGUGUUGUAUUUGCAAAUUAUCAAACUAUCAAAGUUGUUGAAAUUCAUGAUGGUGAAUUCGAUGAUACUAACACAGGAAAGUAGGGCUUAGGCAGACAAGAUACAUCAAACUAUUGUAUUGGCAAAUCAAAGUAUGAAAGUAGUUGUAGAAAUUCAUGAUCUCGAUGAAAACACAGGAGGAAAACGGAAGAAAUGCAACUACCCAUUUAGAUUUAAUAUCUCAACAAAAAUUAUUGUGCAGUAAAUGAUGGGUCCGAAAGACUAUUAUAUAUAGAAGAGAUAGAAUAUCACAUGAUCGCGAUUUCGAUGAAAAUACAGGAAAAUGGAAGAAGUACUAUUGAUUUAAUACCUCAAUCUUUGCACAGUGAAUGUUGAGUACGAAAAAUUGGAAAAGAAUUAAGACAAUAGAUAUGAAGUUGAACAAGAUGAAAAAUAUACACAGCACGAAUCAGGAGAAGUAUAAAGAAACUCGUCCUACUUUCUUACUCACGAAAAAAACUAAAGAAAGCAAGUAGAAGUAUAGAUGGACUGUCCCUGUCGCAACAGCAUCCCUUACAUUUGUUUUUGAGAAAAAGUUCCAACGAUGAAAACGAGUAGUUGAUGUAUUCUAUAGAUGAUGAAGAGCAAUAAGAUUAUGAAACCUAGCGCUGUCGAACUCGAAGGUUCUUCUACCAAGCACUAACUGAUACUGCUGCAGCAUGCGUAAAGCAUUAAUGUUUGUUAAUUCGGAUUUUUCUUGCGAAGUUAGUAGUACGAGUAGGAGUACGGCAACGGCAUGUAGUUGUGUUCAACUUCUUUGCACUCCACUCUGUCUACUAUGCUUUUUCUUGACGAGAGAAAAGGGAGAAUGGGUGACAGAGAUAGAUGGAGAGAUACAGAGUCAGGCGGGAGGCAUUACGACCUGACAAGCGAGACAGACGGAAAGAGCGUGAAGAGCGAUUUAGUUUUAG